AUGAUGGAUAUUGACCAACCGAUUCCUUCGGCAAACGACGAUAAAAUGGAAUCCGUAUCGGUAUUAAGAGAAGUUGAAAAUAAAUCUCCCAAUUCUUUGGUGCAAGAAAACGAUGAUCUGCCACCGCUCUUGAUCAGCGACAGUGAAGACGAUGAGCCGGCAGUAACAAAUGCUCCGGAGGAGAAAAAACAAAUCGAGGAUAAGGGAGAGAGUUGUUUAUCUUCAGACAUUUCUGGCAUUUGUCCCCUCGACGAAACUGCGAAAGAUGUAAAAGUGGAAAAGAACAAAAGUACAGACAGCAGAAGCGCAAAAGAUACACCAUCUGAAAAUGCAUCCACCAAAGCCAUUGUGGUGGCUGACGAUAUUGUGGAAAACAUGACCGAGAACAUAGAUUUAACAGAAGCAUCCAGCGCCGAAGAAUCUAUGAUCAGUGAUCCUGGUGGUGAAACGAGUAUCAAAAAAGAUAAGAAACCUACCAAAUUUGUUAAAGAUUGCUCAAAAAUGACGGCCCAAGAAUUAUUGCAAUCGUUAAUUGGCGAACAGGAGGAGAAUAUUACAUCCAAAACAACGGUUGAUAAUGACGAUGAGCAGGCGUCCUCAGAUCGUAGUGAUUUGAUUAAAUUAAAUGAUACAUCUUUGAAGCAUCAAUCGAAGGAGGAGAAUACGCUCGAUAAAACAGUUCGUUCAUCAAUGGAUGAAAGUGCUCGUUUACCCAUAAACGAAACGUCUACUGGCAGCCCUCAGAGUGAUCUGAAACUAUCAGAAGAUACUGAAGCAAACUUGGGUGAGGCUGCCAGGUUAGAAAAUACUUCUGACGAUCGUCAUCCUGUUGUAGAUGCUGCUGAAAGGACAUUGCUUGCCGCAAAAGAUUGCAAUCAUGACGAAUCCGUUGCACCUGAGCUUUCAACUGAAUUCCAAACCUCGGAUAUUUCGCUUAAGGAUUGUGCAAAAUCUCCCAGUGCCAUAGAUGAAGAGUGCAUGGUAGAAGAGAUUCCUAACUUGCCAGCAACCCAACAGGCCAAUGACGUGGUUGAAAAUACCGCAGUCAGCCACUCUCCGAAUAGUGGAAGAAACGAAAAUCCGGUUGUUGAUGAUUUGGAACUGCCCGAAGCUAGGGAGAACAAUGAUAAUCAAAUCGAGGAACCGAUGGACUUCGAUGACCCGGAUAACUCUGAACCACCAAGAAAAAAGCUUCGACCAUCGGAUGAAUUUUUGAGUGACACGGACAAUCAAGCUGUAAACGAUGAACGAAAUACUGAGAAAGAUGAAAAUGAUUGUGUCGGCAGUGACAUUACAAACUCAAAAGAUUUUGUUGGUGGACAACGAAAAGUUGGUGAGGAAACGGCAGAAAACAAUGAUGCGCAAAGCAGUAACGAAAAUGAUGAAAUAUCUAAACCAGCGCAAGCACAAGUUAAUCCAUCAAAAGAUUUAUCCGGUCCAAUAGAAAUAUUAGUAAUAGAUGAUGAAGAUGAAGAAAUUGAAAAUAAAAGCGAAAAGAAUGUUAUUGUUGCAGCAGAUAAUGAUAAAAAUGACACUACUAAACUCGCAAGUGAAUCAGGUUCCGAAGGUUCAAAAGAAGGACAAGUUGGUAAUCCACGAAACAUAAUAGCAGAGUCGUUGAGAGCGGAAUUUCUUAAGCGGUUUUCCAAACCAAUCAAUCAAAUGAAUCGCUACGACUUAGAACAAUUGGUGUUACAGAAAGUAAGCGAGUCCAUAAUGUAUAAAUCUGAAGUAGCAGAUCUGAGGCGACAGAUCAGUCGCCAAGAGCAAAUGCUCCAAGGAUUUAAGAGAAAGCUGAUGGACAUGACCAAGCAUUACGAUGAUUUAAAAAUCGUAACGGAACGUGCGGUGACGGACUUGAAAAAACGAGCCAAGUCUUUUGUGGCUCCCGUAAAAAUUACUCGUGCCGUUGGUCUGCAAGUACACAAACCAAUAGCAUUUGAUCAGGGCGUGCCACCUCCUUUUCGCUCACCACAAAAAAAUCCCAGUGAAGCGUCGUCGCCCAUUGUUAUUAUGGCUGCACCGCCUGCUAGCGAAAUUAUUGAUGUUAGUACGCAUCAGAAAUUGCAAGAACGAUCGCGAGACGCAACUCCAAAAUCGAUGUCUAAUGUCGGUGGUCAGCGUCAAGUUUCGGCAAAACAGAAUCGACAAUCGAUUCCGGGUAACCUACCUCCGUUGAACGCCAUAAAAACGACUUCGUCGAUUACAAACAGCCCAGCGUUGAACGGCAUGGUUCGAGCAAAUAAAUCUCAUGGUGCCAGAUCACUAAACGGUGUUCCAGUCGUAAAUUCUACAACCAACGCAUCCAGCAGGGUAGCAGUACCACCCAUCAACAAUAACGUAGUUACCACAACACCGACGCACACUGCCACUGCUAACAAUACUAUUGUGAAUUCAAAUAGCAAUAGUGAGAGUAAUUUUAACACCAGCGGUUCCGACGCCAGUGUGCGGAAAAAGUCUCUCCACAAAAUUACGCCAAUGCGGCCAUAUUUGUCCCCAUACCAGCAAGCGCAACAGGAAAAACAAGUCCGGCAGCAUCAAGAGUUACUCGUGCAGCAAAUUCACGAGCAAAAUCAACAAGCGCAACGCAAAGCGCAGCUUAAUGCGCAACAGGAUCAUUUGACGGGAGGAAACACCGACUCUCGGAAUUCAACAGAGGGAGGAACUCCUCGACAACGUCCUGCUUUCAAUAUGCCUCCAGGACGGUUGGUAACAGGCGCCGUACAAUCUAGCAAUACACAAGCUACCACUGGUUGCCCUUCGCGAACUUCAUCCUCCGUUGUAAGCUCCACUACGCCAACAGCAGUGAGCAGAUCAAAAUCAGCAAAUACGACAGUUUCACCAUCGCCAGUUGAUUCAUUAAUUGAUCUUACGGAUGAGGAUGAGUCAACCCGUAAUGCACAAGGCGUUGUUACGUCUAAGCGACCUAAACUGACUGCUAACGGUACGCAAACAUUAGCAAGCUCCACGCAUUUGACACCUGGAUCAACUGCAGCAGUGGCUUCGAAUCAGUUGGUACGGCUUACCCAAGGUGCAAUGCGACCUCAGCAGCGAGUAAGCACUACUGACGGUGCUGUUCCCGCGGCAAUGAAUGCCACAGCGACGGUUGUGUACCAGCAUAAUGGUUCUGUGGUUCGUACAACGGUACCGAAACGACCUGCUGCAACGAUUUGGCAUCCUGUUCGAAUGGCUGGCCAAACAAAUCAACGGCCAAGAGUUCCAUCUACAGCUGAUCAAGGCUUAAUGAAGAAACGCAUGGUGACGAAAAUGCCUUCUCAAAUAAAUAGCGUUCUUGUACCGCUUCCAUCACCGGGACCACAGCCGAGCAAUCCAAUGUGGAAGCUGUCGCCACCUCAGCCAACUAUUUGCGUGAAUAACGUGCAAACUGGAAUCGUUAUAUCUUGGUCGAUGCCAACGCUAGGCGACCAGCAUGAAGUCAUUGACAAUUACCAGAUUUAUGCGUAUCAGGUAUCCAACUCGGGAGGAACGGAUGAAUGGCGGCAUGUCGGCGAUGUACGGGCUCUUCUACUGCCGAUGGCGGUUACUCUAACGCAAUUCCAAGAGGGUCAGCGUUAUCAUUUUGCGGUGCGCGCUAUUGAUGUGCACAAGCGUGUUGGAGCAUUCAGCGAACCGCGCACAUGGAACGAUACUAACGUGUCUAACAUUUAAGCGGCUAUAAUAUCGAUGUUUUCAUUUUUUUUACAUUGUUCGUAAGACUUAAGGAUUCGUUUUAACAUGUGACAUGCGCUAUUACUUAUCGAUCAGCUUGUACCACCGGUUCCUAAUUUGGUACACGUAAUCGAAGGAGCCUCAUUUGGUAUCAGUUCUGUCAUAUGUUUGAGCCUCGUCUUACAGUUACUUAUGAUCAUAUUUGUAAGCGGAAUUUCAUUUUUGAAUGUAAGCAAGGCGAUUCAUGUCGUUUCACUAAUUUUUCAUAUAAUUUUUACUUCCUUACUCAAGUUAAGUUGUCGAUUGCUGGAUAGCGAAGGGAAAUGAAAAUUGGUAAUGUAAAUAUAGAGUGUAAAUUAAAAAUUUUAAUGAAAUUUGUACAUGAGUGCUAAUUUGAACUUAUAAAGCUUUAGUUUGGUCAUUGUUUUAAGCUCUUAAAUGAAGGAUAUUUAAUAAUAAAAAAAAACAGUAAUAUAGCGAAUGCAAAUUAACUGAUUAGUAAAUUUAGAAAGCAUGACACAAAUAGGUAUAAAAUAGAAUAUAUGUUCUGAUAUGUUUAAUAUGAUUUAUGUUAAGCCAUGCAAACACGUUUUUGGAUAUGAUUAAAAAGAAAUAAAUAUUAGAUGUUCAGUACGGAUU